AGUUGAAACGUCAGUUUGUUGCGCACGCUGGGUGCUUGCAGUGAUUGGUGAAGUGAGUGAGCGAUCUCUGUGUGUGACUGUGUGCAGUAAAAGUAGAAUUAGCCAAGAAACUGCUGAGGAUGAACAACAUUCGUGUGAUCUGUGGUAUUCGGAACGUUUUAUUAACUCAGUCGAAAGUGCCCGCUUGGUGUUCAUGCUCACGAGUAAAUCAGAAUAUAUGGAGUCGUCCUACCAGUACGACAUUCAAGCGCAUGUUUGUUAGCAUUUCAAGGAAUGGCCAUCAACGUCUGCCCCUGUCUGAAGGCCUUCAAAGGUCGUUCAUCAUCUCGAAUAUAAACAAGGUUCCACAUCAGAAAGCAGUACGAUGUGCAUCUGUCUCUUCAAAACCCUCUGAUGGUGGUAGACUCAUCUACUCUGGGGACCUCGCCAAGCCUGUUUUAGGUGUGAAGUUUUUUUCCUACUCCUGCAGCAUGUUCAGCGUUUGUGUCAUGCCAUACGUGUUAAUGCAGACUGGCCUUGGCGUUCAGAGUUUGGCUUUACAAGUGGCAUUCUGUGGAAUCAUUGGCUUUUUUACCUUCAUCACCCCCGUGCUUCUCCACUUCAUCACAAAAGGUUACGUGAUUCGCCUGUACCACCACGAGGAAGCAGACACGUACACAGCCGUCACAUACAGUGCUCUACUGACAGAGAAAAAGACAGUGUUUCACCAGAGUGAUGUUAAGGUGCCAGAUAUCAGCAAGAUGUUCACAACGUUUUAUGCAAAGAAACACUCCAUGCUGGUCAACCCCGAUACCUUUUCUUUGCCACACGAUUACAACCACCUAAUGGGCUAUGAUCGUCCGUUCACGUUUGAUGUUGAUGAUCUUGACAAGCCAGAUGGAAAAUAGGUCGAAUGUUAAAGAACACAAUAUGUAAACCAGAUUAUAACACAAUGAGUUUUUAAAUAAACACAGUGAGUUCACUGUUACGGAGAUACCAUUUAUUUCAUACACAGAAAUGUCGGACUAUACAGACAGAAUAACUGGACAUUCCUGUGUGACAAAAUAGUCACACAUUUUUUUUCUAUUUGUCACAACUUUCAUUAAAAAAACAUUGAGAUUAUAAA